AUGACUGACAAUUUUGGUUGUGAAUUUGGGUGUGAUACUGAUCCUCCUGUGCGGCUGGAGGAGCAGGCGGCGGUGUGGAGCGCGGUGUGGGCGGCGCGCGCGGCCGAGGGCCGGCGCACGGCGCGCGUGCUGGACGCGGGCCGCCGCAAGCGCGCCACCACCGCCGCCAAGCAGCAGCACCAGCUCAAGCGGACGCGGCCGCUGCCGCUGCACGGUACAAACACCGCAAAGCAAACAAUAAAGAGAGGAUCGGCUACAACGACGAAUUACUUAAACAGGAAACAGGGUAUGUCAUCGGGCUCUGGUCUCAUGAUGCGGAAGCAUUACAUGGCGCGACAGGAGAGACGCAAGCGGGGCAUGCCCAACCGACAUCACCCGCGACACUCCAGAAUGGCACAAACCCGAGGCGGCGCGCGCGCGGCGGCGGUACGCGGUGAGAGCGCCCGGCGGAGCAGCUCCUCUUCGCACUCUUCAGCUGAUGAUGACGAGGACUGCGCCGCGGCCUCCUGUCUGCGGCCCACGGGAAAAGUAGAUUGGGUGCAAUGCGACGGCGGCUGCGACCAAUGGUUCCACAUGCACUGCGUGGGGCUGAGCCGCGGCGCGCUGCGGGAGGACGACGACUACGUGUGCGGCUCCUGCGCAGAGCGGCCCGACAGGCAUUGAGCUACCAAACCUACCAAUUGGUAGAAAACGGGAGGAUUUGGUAGAAAACGUUUUGACACGUGCGGCUUCAGCGCGGACCACUGGACGACCGAAAACUACCAAUCGGUAACAAACGGUAGCUUUUGGUAGUUAUAGGUAGGAUGCGGUAGAGUGCGUGGGUGUUAUAAUAUCGCUUUUAUUGUAUGAACAUUUAAAUUGAUGUGAUAACCAAUGUGAAUACCAAGUGGUAUGUCUAGCGAAUUCUUUAUUCAAUCGUUAUGCAAUUACAGUAUUCUACCAAAUGGUAGAAUUUAUUGGAAUUUUCUACCAUGUGGUAGUGAUUGGUAGGAAACGGUAUCGGUGCUCGGAUACUAUGUGGACAUUCGAAUUAAAGUGAUGACGUUUUUGCUGUGAGGUUGAUUUGAGUGCAUUUUAUUGGAGUGCGUAACGUUCGACGCAAAGUCCCAGGUUUGAAUUGUGUGUGCUCGUUCGAGAUUUUUCGUAAAAAUAAUAUUAAUUAAUAAAAAUUACUACAUUAAAUUGUUUUAAGUUGUUUAAUAUUACGGUUGAAUUGUUUGUAAGUUAUUUACCUAUCAUGAACAAAUUGAAUGGGAUGAAACUUGUAUUACGUAGAUAUUUGGAUGUUUCGUGUACUAUUGUACAGCCUCUUCUAAGAUACUUCAGAGAUUUCUGCUUUUAAUGAUUUUAUUAUCACUUUGAUUUACAAAAUCUAGUAAAUUAUUUUUUGUUUAAUUUCUCAAAAUAAUGAGAUUUCCUGUCACCCUAUGCACAUUUGUAUUUUUUAUGAAUUGGCAUGAUUUUCAUUUUUAAACGAUUUCCAAAUGGGUUUUUUGUUCAGAUUAAUUUUAGAUUUUUUCAUUACUUAAAAAUUAUUAUUCAUUUAUUUUACUUUAUAAAUUUGGAAUCAAAUUUUUUAUUCAUAUUUAAUUAGCAAUAGUCGUUUUUGUAAUCAUUAUUGUCGAUGCUAAAGGCGAGAGAGAGCCUGUAAGGACCAGACCUUUGCCAUUUUUUGAAAGCUGAAAAUUUGACAUUCCAUGCUAUCACCAUAGAUAAGUACUGUAGGCAGCUAUGGUACUCGUAUAUGGACCUUAGUGACUUUGGAAACUAGCAUGGUUCAAGGGAUGAAAAAGAAAUCUCAUAUAUUGCCCUGUUUUUAAGCAUGGUAAUCCUUCGUAAAUCACUGUUAAUAGUUAUUUUUGCCACUGUCAUAUCAUCAUUAUCAACCCAUAAUCGGCUCACUGCUGAGCUCGAGUCUCCUCUCAGAAUGAGAGGGGUUAGGCCAAUAGUCCAGCACGCUGGCCCAAUGCGGAUUGGCAGACUUGACUGUCAUAUAAUGAAAGUAAAAAACUUUUAAAAAAUUAAGAGUAAUUAUUAUAUUAAUUAAUUUAAAUUGUACAAUGUGCAAGCCCAUACAACAUAAAAUAACUCUUUAGCUUCCUACCGUACUUACGGUAGGAUCAUGGAAUGACAGACUUUCAGCUUUAAAAUGACGAAGGUCUGGCGUCCAUAGGCUCAUAGUCCUCUAUGCUGCUGGAAUGCACGUACCCGUAUUAUUGCCGAAUUAAGCGAACUGGUGUUUUAUUAUUUUUUAACUUAUUUUUUUUACUACACUUAUUAAUUUUAUCUAUUUACUAACAAACGCCCGCGACUUCGUCCGCGAAAAAAGGUUAUAGUAAGUACAGAUAAAAAAGCAGACAAAAUAAUACCGCUGCCUUUUUUUAGAACUUUUAAAGAGAAAUAAUUCCGUCAUACUUAUUUUUUGCGUAACUUCAACUGUUUACGCAACGCACGCAACGGGAUAUUUCAAAAUCAUUGUUUUAUUUUCCACUUUUUGCCACAUUUUUUGUUAUUCUUCUCAACAUAAAAAUAUUUUUUCCAUUCGAAUUAGCAGUGACAUUAGCAUGUUCAACCAAACAAACAAACUCUUCAGCUUUAUAAUAUUAUAAUAUAGAUUAUAAUCUGAUUGACUGCUACAAAUAACAAGUGCUUCUUAUUCUGUUGUACAAGUUAACGAACAACAAUUUUUAAUGAACUAUUCAGUAAUUCAGUGACUUUUGUUGUAGUUUUGAUUUGAUGAAAGUCACCAAACUCAAGUGUUCGGUCAUUGCUAUUAUACUACGGAAUCUUUUUUGUAUAUGGUUUUCCUUUAUAUAAGCCACUGAUUAAACGAAUAGUCCAUAAAACGUAUGACAAGAAUAUUUUUGUAAUCAAUAUGGCAGUAGAAAUACUGUAUUUUUUACUGUAAAGUUUUUUUUUUUUUAAUACUUUCAAGACACAUGUAAUUCAAAAUUUAGAGGUAUGCGAAUACAGUAAACUUUACAAGACAGCUAUGAAAAUAUUAGUAAAUGAAUUUUUUUUAAAUAUAUUUGAGCCUUCUUUUUUGGUUCAUUCGAUUGGUUUCGUUCAAUAUUUGUUUACAACAUAAUUAGCACCAUACAAACUUGACACUAUAAUAUCUUAUAGACAUACGAAUAUGACGUUUAAAAUCAAUGUGAUAAAGUUCAUUUUGCGCUGAAAUGUUAAUAUAUAAGUGUUAGUAUAAUUUUGAAAUCAGCUUUUAAUAUAUAAUAUGGAAAUAUAGUCCAGGCUUGAACUGCUUAAAUGUUUGUAUAAAAAAGGCUUACGGUAAAAUUACCCUCCUUAAAAUAAACACUUCAAUAUAAAAAAGAGGUUGUUAUUGACAUGGAAUGACAUGGCGGUGGAUUUACAAGACGGAGGUCCUGGGUUCGAUCCCCGGCUGGGGCGGUUGAGGAUUAAUUGGUCCAGGUCUGGCUGGUGGGAGGCUUUGGCAUUGGCUAGUUACCACCCUACCGACAAAAACGUACCGCCAAGCGAUUUAGCGUUCCUUACAAGUUAGCCCGCUUCCAUCUUAGAUUGCAUCAUCACUUACCAUCAGGUGAGAUUGUAAUCAAGGGCUAACUUGUAAAGAAUAAAAAAAAAUAUUAUAACAGAGUGGGAGGGAUAAUUGUUGCUGUAAUUUUCAAAAAUAUUACAUGUUGCAGUAAUCAGUGUUUACUCAGUACAAUGAAUGUUAUAUUGAAAUGAAAAUUAAUAGAAUAUAGUGUUAAUUGGAUGUUCUACAUGUUAGUUUGGUGUUACAUACAUGAAUGUUAUAUUGAUGUUAUGUCAGCUUUCAAUGUACAACUUUAACUCGGAUGUUGUGUGACCAAUGAUCCCUUAUAGACCGAUAAUCAAAGAUUUUAUACCAUAGAUAUGUUACUUGCGCCAUAAAAAUUUACUCGAUCAAAAGUGGUUAAUUGUCUUAAGUUUAUAUAGUAGCAUUGUAAAAAACGAAAGUUAUUUAAACAAUUAUAAAGUUCAGAGGGGUUUUGAAAUAAUAUUCACUGUUGAUCUUCAAUACUAUGUAUUAUGCAUCAAUACAAUAUAGAUAUAUCACACUUCACCGCAAUCACUUGGCACUUGUUGUCUCUGCGAUAGCAAACCAACGACUGACCCGCAAUCGCGUAGCUUUUAUACCUUGUAUCAUGACAAUAUCUCAAUUUAUUAUUUACAAAUCUCAAGGUGUAUUUCCUGUCAUGAUACAUCAAUGUACUGGCGUAUCAUGACGUAUCAUGACUUAGUAGGACCAAUAUUUAAAAUUGCUAACACAAUAAAUAAAAAAAAGAAGUGUAAAAACUAUAAAAAAAUAUAAAUUCGAAAAAAUGGAGUAGCUAAAUUCGGAUCACUUCUUGCAGUGAUUUUAUAGGCACGUAACGUAUCUAAUAGUAGAAAAUCUUUGCCGAUAAUAAUGUAGAAAGAGUUUGAAAUUGAAUUGUGCGAAACGUAUUAUGUAGUAGAUUGAAAUUAUUUGUCUUUGAAAUAAACUUGAAUUGGUCCAUUAUAUCAUUCUUGUUCAAAAUUUGUAAAUCAAUGUUUAAAAUUUGUAAAAAAAAUUUUGUUCAGUAUAUGUUUAAACAGUACAGUAAUUAAAAAGAAUGUAUUGAUUCGCAUUUUGUCUGUACCUUAUGUGAGAAAAUGCAUUCGCAUUCUGAUUAUAUAUAUCGGAGUGUUAUUUGAGGUAUGGAGUCAAAAAAGAAGUACGUAGGAAUUUUUAUACACCGGGAAAUGACAAAAAUUCGGAUAUUUAACAUUUUAUAAGUAACUCUUGUUACGUAUCCAGAUCGGCCAUUGAAGCAGACCAUUUAAGGUCCACGUUACACAAAAAAAUUACGAUAUAUCCAUUAUUUUAUCAAAAAUAAUUAGAAUUUACAUAAUUAUUUUUCAAUUGAAAUCGUGCAUUUUAUAAUGUACUUGCCCAUAAGUAAACCAGUCUAAAACUGAUAUAAUUAAUAAAUAAAUAAAUGACACUAAUUUGGACAAUAACGCUCAUUCAUCAAAUGCUUCAGCAAUGUAUGAAAAAUAAAAAAUAUUACUAUAAUGGUGUAGUUAAAGGCAAAUGAGGUUUAACCAGUGUCUUAGGUGGACAGGCGAAGAGCAUUGUAAGACUGUACAGCUCGUGCGGAUUAUCUUGACAACUCGCUCGAAUGAUGUUUGUACUGUUUGGUAGCCAGGUGGCAAGUUGAUGCGCACGGGUUACACCUUGCGAUGUGAUGUUUUGUUAAUUGGUUUCGGUAACUCGAUCACUUUCAAAUAACUCAAUGAUAAAGCGACUGGACUCAUCACCGAGGGGUGGUGGUUCAAGUCACCCCCAGGGAAUGGGAUUAUUAUUUGUAUUUAAAAGAUAUGACAAAUGUUCUUUUUCUAUAAUAAUAGUGUAAAAAACUAAAAAAAACACUAGGAAGUCCACCAUGUUGAGAUUUAAGUCACGUGACUAUUUUUACGUAUUCCUGACAGCAGACCGCUUCAUUUGAUACUCCUCUCAUGGUAUGGGUGGGUUUUAAACAGCCUGUCCGCCAUCUUGGACGGCCGUCAUAUUGAAUUUAAGUCACGUGACUAUUUUUUUCGUAUUCUUGACAGCAAACCCUUUAAUUUGAUAUCCAUAUCAUGGGGGUGGAUUUCAAACAGCCAGUCCGCCAUUUUGAAUUUGUAAUGACGUUUGUUAGCUAGUCAUGUAUUGUCAUCAAGCUCAGAGCGUGUGCAAAAUUUCAUUCUAAUCGAAGACCGGGAAGUGGGUCAAAUCAUCCAAGAUUUUCUUACAUACAUAGUUACAAGUGAAGCUAAUAUGAGCGUGUUAAAAAUAAGAGGUCUGUUGUCUAGGAAAGUUUUUUAUGUCACUUUAAAGUGUCAAUGUAAAACUAAUCGCAAACAGGUUUGAUUGACCUCCGAAAUAUAUUGGACCUUACUAACGGAUACAACAAGCCCCACAAAAGGGGUUGAUUCUUCCAAUGAAUUGUUAUUAUAAAAAGAAAUUACUUUCAGUAACUGAAUUUUACUCCUUGCAAGUUAUGAAAAUUGUAUGUAGUAGAGGGUACAAACUUGCCUUUGAAAUUUUAUAAUCCAAGAGAUUUACUGAUGAUGAGACUACGUAGAAUGUAUUAGGAUGUUGAGAGGCAACCGAGAGAGUGAACGGUCAUCAAAAUUUUGUAAAUAUUUUUUUAAAAAAGGGAAAAUUAGAGGAAAUUUUUAAAAUGUUUAGGAUUUUGAGAGACACAACUGUUGAUGUAAGUAGUGUGUGUAUUUGUAUGUUUGUGUGGGGGCGCUGCUCAGAGUGGGCUUGUUCGUGCUCUGGACUUGUAUCCCUAGUACGACGUUUUGUAGUUUUCGAAAAAUACUUGGGUUGUUUGUUCAUUUUACAAUUUUACUCAAAAUAUGAUAAUAUCGUAAGUAGUAUUUCAAAAUUAUGGAUACACGUGAUUUUGUUGGAACAUGCCUGACUAGUUUCAUAUUUGGGCAUCUUAAUCAAGAAUUAAUGUAGAUACUCUUAUCUAGUAAACAAUACAAAUUAAAAAAACAUUACUUAAACGAAAACCUCAGGCUUACAAACUUUUUUUUAUCAUUUUAUAAUUAGAAUCACGAUCUUUAAUUACAAGAACAACACAUUAUAAUUAAAAUAAAUUAAAACUAAGAAUUAACAGUGCUAUAUUUAAUUUAUAGUUCACAAACUGAAUUUAUUUUUUAUAUCACAAUAGGAACUUCUGUAGAGGUUCAUUAAGUAUGACUAUUUUUUUACACUCUUGAUCUUAUUUUAUGAGCGUUAAAAAGUUCGAAAUGAAAAAUCUCGUGCUAGGGGUACACGGCGCGUAUCUUCAAUGUUUUAUAAGCUUUGUGUUUGUCAAGGUGCAACAACACCUAUUGCUAGCGAAGCUAUUCUACUACGCAGUUUAGCUUAGCUCCUAUCGCAUGAAUCCUAAUAGUUUGGUUUUUCCAAAC